AUGGCUAAUGUUUCUGGUUUUGGAGUAGCACGUUCAUUAAUUCACGCAUUCGAUCCACAUGGAAAACGUUAUAGACCGUCUGUUAGUCCUACACCAGGUUUCUCAGCUUCUGCUGAUGCUGAAAGACUUCACAGAGCUAUGAAAGGACCAGGCACAGAUGAAGCUACAAUUAUUAAUAUACUGGCUCGUAGAACGAAUUAUGAACGUCAAGAAAUUUGCCAGUCAUUCAUGAGUAUGUAUAAAAAGGAUCUUAAAGAUGAAUUAAAAUCAGAGACAAGUGGUGAUUUUCGCAAGGUAUUGUGCCAAUUGGUUGUGGAUACGCCGUAUAUGUUAGCUAAAUCGCUGUAUUAUGCCAUGAAAGGUUUGGGUACAAAUGAUCGCGUUCUAAUCGAAAUAUUAACUACCCUGUGGAAUGAUGAAAUAAGAGCUGUAGCUGAAGCUUAUAAAAAAGUUCUUAAAGAUAAAGGAAGUGAAGCCACUGAUCGUUCAUUAGUCACUGAUAUGAAGAAAGAAACCUGUGGAGACUAUGAGUAUGCUCUACUUAGUUUAGUUCAAGCUGAACGAGAUGAUGUACAAGUGCUUCAAUUGAAAAGCAUACCUGAGAAAGGUGUUCAGUCUAUUACUAAUCGAGAUUUGGCUGAAGCCGAUGCCAAAGAGCUGUACGCAUGUGGAGCUGGUCGAAUGGGUACUAAUGAAAGACGUAUUACACGAAUCAUAUGCAAUAGAACGCCGUAUCAAUUAUAUUUAACCUCGGAAGUCUAUUCAAGUAUGUAUGGUAAAACACUUCUGGAACAUAUUGAAGCAGAAACAUCUGGAGAUUAUCGUAAACUAUUAACAUCUAUUUUGAGAUAUGCAACCGAUCGACCUGCUUUGAUUGCUGAAUGGCUUUAUGAUGCAAUGGCUGGUUUAGGAACAAAGGAUUAUGCAUUAAUGAGGCUGUUAAUUACACGCUCAGAGAUUGAUCUUCAGGAUAUAAUGGAUGCUUAUCAAGUUAUUUACGGCAAAUCUUUGUUGGAUGCUGUAAAAGACGAUACAUCUGGUGACUACCGUAGAACUUUAUCCGCUCUACUCGGUGAGACAGUUGGUCAACAGUAA